AAAAAACAAAGCAUAGGGUUCCCCGUAUCUCCAGUAUCAACCAGAUACCAACCAAGCAGCAACAGCCUGAUGUUACCAGGGUGGGAGAGGACCAUUGUUAACUGGCCCUCCCCAGCCUAAAUAACACCAGCCUGCUACCGCCUAGGCCCAGAGCGCCAUUUUUGAUGCUCCGGGGCUGUUGGUACGGGCUCUUCCCGACACCCCUGUGGUGGUGGGUACCAGGGUAACAAUUGGGGGUUAACGCUAAGCCCCGGCUUAGUAAUGCAUUCUGUCUAUAAGAGAGCUUCCACUACUAAGCCUGAAAAUUCAAUUAUAAAUAACAUGACACAAAUAAAAAAAAUGUUUUAUUUUAAAAUACACUCCCCCACAGCCCUCAUUAACCAUUUUAUUGAAAUAAAAAAAAAAAAGCUGGUCAUCGUCAUAGUCCUCCGCAUUCACGUAUCCGAAAUGAGAAGAAAAGAAAUAGGGCCAUCGCCAAGAGGGGAAAGAAUCCUGUUGAAGAACAUUGCCGGAUUUCUUUAAAGGACCGACAAGAUGCAUAACAAUUCUCUGCCCUAUUUACUACGCACAACACGGAUUUUACAGUCCUGCCAUUGUUUGUUAGGAGUAAGGAUAACAUCUCUUCUGAGGAACUGUAGUUCAAGAUCUGGACUUACAUUACUUCAUGAGGUCAAACCUUGUUCUCCUGCAUCCAUUGCAACAUCUAUUCCCAUUAGGUUUUUUUGCUCUAAAAGUGCAGAAGAAAAAACUGCAAUGUCUGUAAACAGUGAUUCUAGCGGUUCCCAUUCGAACCAUGUCCAUGCUCUCAAUGAUGAGCAUAGCCAGAAUACAGAUCAAGGCCAUAUUCUGGAUAGAGAGAAGACUAAGCCCCAGUCUAACAGCACAAGACCAAAGAAAUUAUCUGGUGUAGAAUUGCUGGAUGCCUUCACCAGUGAUUCACAGAGUUUGCAUGAACUUUAUUGUCGUAUUGUGGAUCUAUGGGAUAUCUUGGCUAAUAACAAGAAAUUGAAACCUUCUGACAUGCAGCUUAUGUCUGAGCACCCUAAUUUCUAUAACUUAUGCUAUGAAGUUAUGAAGUCAGCACCCUCUAUGUCAAACAGGUUCUUGGUUUGCAGUCUCCAUGUCUUUCUGAGUCUGAAGGUAAAUCAGAAUACAAGGCUUAUCCAGACUCUUCUAAAUGUUAUCCAGAAACGUCUCAGCUCAUUAAAGAUGGAUGAAAUCUCUUUAUUGGCUAACUGUCUGAAAUUGAUGGAUUGCGACAAAAAUGUUGAUAUCAUUCACUCUGGUCUUUGUUUAUUAAUGGAGCUUAAGUGUGACACCAUUAAAGAUGUCCCCACACUUCAGAACAUGAUGAGAAUUGCACCAGCAAACCUUAGACGGAAAUUGGAGGAAAAGGCUUUACAGAUGAUUGACAAGUUUACAGUAUCUCAGUGCUACAAUAUGUUCUCCGUUCUUGCUGAAAUUAAUCUGCAUUCUGAGAGUCUUCUGGAUUUGUGUAGCCAAAAACUCAUCAAUUGCUUAGAUGAGCUUUCCUGUAAAAGGAUCAGCUCCCUGGUUGACUACUGCUCCAAACUGUUGUAUUUCAAUGAAAAGCUAUUGUCAGCCAUUGGAGAUAAUAUAAUGAACAACAUUUACAUGUGGAAUGUAUGGCAGAUCUCUAUGGUUCUAAGAAGUAUGACUUUCCUCCGUUUCCGACAUGUUCCCCUUCUAGAUUACUUUGCUGAAAAAAUCAUGGAGGAGUCACAGUCACUGAGAAUAAACUAUUUAAUAACAGCGGCCAAAGUGUAUUCAGUUGUAAACCACUUACCUGAGGGAAAGGGAGAUAAAUUCCUGGAGACUUUGGACACUGCACUUCAUUUACAUAUCAAUAGUAUUAAAAACAAGAAGCUUCUUAAAACUGUUUACAACUUAUGUUUACUUGGAUUGGUUCCUCGAUCUGCUAUCAACCAACUUCUAGAAGACAAAAGUUUAAGCACUCUGGACAAAACUGAGAAAGCCUAUCUGAGCCAUAUUAAGUUAUGCUUGCUUUUUGAUUUGGGUUCAAGUCCCUUUUCAAUAAAGGAUUUGGAGAAGAUUGAGGCCAACCAUAGCCAUUCAGUCACUAUGUGUCACACUUUUCUGAAGAACUAUUUUAAAGACCAAGCCUUGUACCAAGAAAACAUGCAGUUUCCUAUGAGCUACUUCAUAGACUUUGUGCUCACCUUGGAUAGAGAACAAAAUAAGUUGGUUUCGUCAGGAGAUAUACAGAAUUUUGAUGGUUCUCAAAAUGUCACACGAAUUGCUGUAUUAUGCUGCACAGCGAAUGCUUUUACUUUGGGGAGUCUUCACCCAGUUGGAAAGAUGGCUUUAAAACUGAGGCAUCUAAAACUUCUUGGUUUCACCGUUGUGGUGGUUCCUGUAAACCAGUUUAUAAUGUUGACUGAAGCUGAGAAAGAGGCGUUUCUGGGAGAAAAUAUUUAUAAUGAUACUUCCAGCAGUCAAACUUCAGUGGAGGCAAAUGAAGCAGACUACACGUUAUGAGACACAGGUGGUCUUCUGACAUGGAUUCUAUGAAGAAAUAAUAAAUUAUAAUUCAGUUUAAUGGAACUUCUUGGAUUUAUUAUGGCUCAUCAAAAACAUUUGUGCUGCUUGUGUAGUUUUUAUAUAAUUAUGCAACAUUAAAGUUAAAGGGGUUAUCCAGGAUUAGAAAAACAUAGUUGCUGUCUUUCAGAAACAGUGCCACUCUUGUCCUUAGUUUGCCUGUGGUAUUGCAGCUUAGUUCCAUUAUAGUGAAUGGAGCAGAGAUGUAAUAGCACACACAAACUGAGGACAGGUUUGAAGCUCAUUUUUUCAAGAAACCAACUAUGUUUUUCUAAUCCUGGUUAACCCCUUUAAUGAUGUCUCCCAUUUUAGCAGUGUUUCUUUAUAAUGUGUUAUCUCAUUCUGAUGACUAAAAUGUGCUGAUGAUUGGAAUCCCUUCCUGUGUACAGAAACAGGGACAAGUCAGAAGAUACCAGAACAAGCAGGUUGCCUUGCAUUUUCUUUUGUGGUUGAUUAAUGGAUCUUCAGGACUGUAAAGAACACCUUAUUAGAGUACACUAUUCUUUCCUUCACAAAAAAAGGAAGUAGAGCGGAAUCAGGCAACUAUAGGCUAGUACACCUGACAUCAAUAGUGGAAAAUUUAAUGGAAACUAUACUAAAUGAUAGGAUUGAGGAACAUCUAAAAUCCCAUGGAUUGCAAGAUAAGAACAAACAUGGAUUUUCUUGAGGGAGAUCAGGUCAGACUAAUCUUAAUUUUUUUGAUUGGAUGACUAAAAUAAUAGAUGGCGGAGAUGCAGUAGACCUCACUUAUCUAGAUUUUAGUAAGGCUUUUGACACUGUCCCUUAUAGAAAACUUAUCAACAACAGUCAUUGAGCUUGACUCCCACAUUGUUGAAUGGAUUAGGCAGUGGCUGAGUGACAGAAAACAGAGGGUUGUAGUCAAUGGAGAAUAUUCAGAGCAAGGUCUUGUUACCAGUGGGGUACCCCAGGGAUCUUUACUGGGACCAAUUCUGUUUAAAGGGGUUCUCCGGUGCUUACACAUCUUUUCCCCUAUCCAAAGGAUAGGGUAUAAGAUGCCUGAUCGCAGGAGUCCGCCGCUGUGGACCCCCGGGAUCAUGCACGCGGCACCCUGUUUGUAAUCGGUCCCCGGAGCGUGUUCGCUCUGGGACUGAUUACAGGUGACCUGUCCUGUAGGACUCCCGCGAUCAGGCAUCUUAUCCACUAUCCUUUGAAUAGGGGAUAAGAUGUGUAAGCACCGGAGAACCCCUUUAAAGCUAGGCAGACAAUGUCAUAGAGCAGCAGGAAAUGCUAGCAGAAUUCUUGGAUGUAUAGGGAGAGGUAUAAGCAGGAGAAAGAGAGAGUGCUCAUGCCACUGUACAGAACACUGGUGAGACCUCAUUUGGAGUACUAUGCGCAGUACUUGAGGCUGUAUCUCCAAAAGGAUAUAGAUACUCUAGAGAGAGUUCAGAGAAGAGCUACUAAACUAGAACAUUGAUUGCAGGAUAAAACUUGCAGGAAAGGUUAAAGGACCUUAACAUGUAUAGCUUGGAAGAAAGAAGAGACAGGGGAUAUGAUAGAGACUUUUAAAUGCAUUAAGGGAAUCAAAGGAGAAGAGCAUAUUUAAAAGAUGUGGGGAAUAGCCUUCCUAAAGAAGCGGCCGCUGCAAAUACUGUGAAUGAGUUUAAGGCAUGCAUGGGAUAGGCAUAAGACUAUCCUACAUAUAUUAUCCCCUUAAGGACGCAGCUAAUUUUCACCUUAAGGACGCAGCCCUUUUUUGCAAAUCUGACUUCUGUCAGUUUAAGCAUUAAUAACUCUUAGAUGCUAUUACUUUUCAUUCUGAUUCCGAGAUUGUUUUUUCUUGACAUAUUCUACUAUAUGUUAGUGGUAAAUUUUCGUCGAUACUUGCAUCAUUUAUUGGUGAAAAAUGCGAAAUUUUUUCAGUUUUUUAACUUUGAAACUCUUUACUUAUAAGGAAAAUGGACAUCCCAAAUAAAUGAUAUAUUGA